CGGCUGGAUCGCCUCUCAUAGGAGCCACAGCACAGAGACUGGGAAACAUGGUUCCAAAGCUGCUCGAUUCCCGACUUUGUCUGCUUCUGCUGCUGGGGCUCAUGGCGAUGGUGGGCCCCUUCCAUGCCAAACCUGCUAAUUUUACCUGGGCUCAGUGGUUUCAAUUCCAGCACAUAAAUAGGAACCCCCACUGCAAUUAUGCAAUGCAGGCAAUUAACCGUUACUAUCCACGAUGCAAAAACAAGAAUACUUUUCUUCAUACAACCUUUGGUGCUGUAGCUGGUGUUUGUGGUACCCCAAAUGAACCCUGCGUUACAAACAGCAGUAGAACAAAUUGUCAUAAUAGUUCAGUCCCAGUGACUUUCACCUAUUGUGACCUCACAAGUCGACCGACUCCUGUCAGAAAUUGCAGAUAUGCACAGACAAGGACACGUGGUCUCUACGUAGUUGCUUGUGACAAUAGAAGUGCACAGGACUCUCCCCUGUAUCCAGUGGUUCCAGUUCACUUGGAUGCAGCCUAAUCUCCCACGUCGGCACUUCACGUCAUGGAUUAUCGGUCAAGCUCCCAGGCGCCAUCCCUGCACGCACCGGCCUCAGCAGCUGUCCUCCUCACCCGGCUGCAGACUCCUUCAAGCUGCCCUGAGCUGAUGGGCCUUUCUAACCUUGCAAUAAAAGUCCUUGCAGAAUCAUCUAGGAGUCUCUGUGUCUAUUUUUGCCACUCUUCUGUCAUUUAGUCACAACCUGUCCUGGAGA